GCCGGCCCCGGCCCUCCCUCCCCGCCCAGCCCCGGCCGGCCUCAGCGCCCCGCCGCCGGCGGGGAGGCGGCCCCGGCCCCAUGGAGUGCUACUACAUUGUCAUCAGCUCCGCGCACCUCAGCAACGGGCACUUUCGCAACAUCAAGGGAGUUUUCCGAGGCCCUCUCAGCAAGAACGGGGACAAAACUCUGGAUUAUGCUGAAAAGAAAAACACGAUAGCAAAAGCUCUGGAAGAUCUUAAAGCCAACUUCUACUGUGAACUCUGUGACAAGCAGUACUAUAAACACCAGGAGUUUGACAAUCACAUUAACUCUUAUGAUCAUGCUCACAAACAGAGACUGAAGGAACUGAAACAGAGGGAGUUUGCUCGAAACGUAGCAUCUAAGUCACGAAAAGAUGAAAGAAAACAGGAAAAAGCCCUUCAACGUUUGCACAAGCUAGCUGAGCUAAGGAAAGAGACAACAUGUGCUCCUGGAAGCGGCCCUAUGUUCAAAUCCACUACAGUGACUGUGCGAGAUCAUUGCAAUGAUAUCCCACAAAGCGCUGCCAUGGAGUCUGCCAACAAACAGGAUUUCAGCUGUACAUUAAUGCACGAUGCACAGAACUGUAAAGACGUUGCUUCUGUUAUUUCUUCCACUCCUGGAAAUGCAUGUGGUAAUAAAUCUGACACUAACAAAUGUGGAGAUCAGGUUCAGGGAGCCCAAGGACAUAGAGUUGGGUUCUCUUUUGCUUUUCCUAAGAAAGCAGCAGUCAAACUGGAGUCUUCAGCUGCCGUUUUCUAUGAAUAUAAUGAUGAAACGUCUAUGGAACACGGGUUCAGCAGAAGAAGUAGGUUUGUUCCAGGAACAUAUAACCUUCAGUCUCCUUCGGCGGCAGAAAUAGUCCUGUGCCCUGAGGAGAAACAUAACUGUUUUCACCCACUGGUGGAAAAAUGCAUAGAGACAGCAGAAGCUCCUGAAGCUCAGGAGGCAAAAGAGCUGGCCAGUGAAGAGAGCAGGGUGCUAGAGAGUCCCAUAUUAACCCCUGUUGUGUCCCACUCAAGGCAGCUGGUGUCCUCGGACACAGAUGGCUGUGGCAUUGAUGUAAGUGCAGCAGACUUACUGGACCAAACGCUGCCGGCGGUUGCAGACAGUUCUCAGGUCCUGCCCCUGGACUGCAGCAGUUACGGGCUGCGAACAAACAGGGCUCUCGAUCAGGAGGUCACGGAGGAUUGUUUAUCUCUGCAGGAUGUUGUGGAAGAAAAUGAUAAAGAGAGGAACAGUGAUUCAUCCACAACUGAAACUGAAAUAAAAAAGCCAGGGGCAGAUGCAUUAGUUCCAUCACCCCCUGAAGAAGGUAACAGUGGAGCUCCACAAAGCAAACCAGACAUGCGCAAGAGACCUUGUGAACCCUUUGUUCCCGUUCUUAGCAAACAUGGAUCAAAUAUUCUUCAGUGGCCAUCAGAAAUGUUAAUUUACACAAGUACAGACCCAUCGAUUUCUUAUAGCUGCAAUCCUUUAUAUUUUGAUUUCAAGUCAUCAAAAGCAAGUGACAGUCAAGAAACACCCAAGCAUCAGCCGAACAUACCUCAUGUGCACCAUAAAACUGAGGCCAACCAUAGCUUAGUCUCAGAUUUUACAAACAAACCUACUUCAGAGUGUGGUGAUUGUGAAACGGAAAUUACUAAAAAUGUGUGCAACUAUACAAUACCCCUUAUAAGUGAUGUUUCCCUCAUCAGAAAUUGUGAUCUUGCAAAAAAUCAAAAUAAAGUGUCCUUGGAUGAAUCAUUCAGGAUUAGAAAAAUAGAAAAGUAUCACAUUGCUAAAAAUCACUUACGACAAAACACUGUGAUAGAUGAGAAAUAUAACAAAGUCUGGAUCAAAGAAAGCCAUGAAAAAUGGCUUCACAAAAGUAGAAAACGGAAAAGGAGAAGAAAAUUAUGUCAUUGUCAUCAUCAUCACUGUGGAGACACAACAGCAGCAGCAGAAAUGGAGAUGUGCUCAGUGACUGAAAAAGAAAUUAGCUACAGAGAUGAAAAUAAAUAUCAGCACCUCCAAAACAACCCAGAGAAGUGCAGACAUGAUGCAGGGAAUAUCUGGCUAGCUGCAGGUGAGAUACAGCAGUCGCACCAAAACCUUGGCAUUGAAAAUGGUCAUAAGAGAGUCAUGUCUGCGUCAGAUCAUGUACACGGCGACAGAGGCUGGUGUAACAUUUGGACUGCAAAAGGUAGCGGCCAACACCAUGGUUGUAAGCGACCUCACAGAAAGAGCAAAGCAAGCUCUCGGAGGGAGGCCAAGCAGUGGGCUCUGAGUUCCAGGAGGCACAGCUUAAGGUACUCUAGAACAUGUUGUAGCUGGAAAGUCAGGAGGUCAAACUGUAGCCCAGAGCAUAAAUGUUUAGGACACUGCAGUGACGAGAAGAGUCCAAGUCAAAACCCGUCCAUAAAGAGAGGUUACAGUGUUCUGACAGAGGAAUCUGAAAAAUCCCACCGCAAGCGGAGGCAGCAUACCUAUUCCUCUUCAUCAGAUGAAAGCUCAUCUGGACACACAUUAUCAGCAGAGGAAUAUCUAAGGCAAGCGCAUACUUUAGGUGCGCAUCACAAGGUAAAAGGGAAACACAGAAGAAGGAAAACUAGACUCCGUCAUGUAUUCCUUGACAGGAGCGCAAGAAGUGAGACCUCCAGACCUUCCAAAGAAAAUUCUUCAAAUUCUACGUUAAAUAUUUUGGGGGACUUCUUGACUCAAGACAAUCUAGAGGAAACUAAUGUGGAUCCCAAAGCUAAUCAUGCAAAAGAUACAGAUGAAACAAUGCAGCUAGAGGAAAGCAAGUCACCUCUAGAAACUGAUAGUUCAUGUGUGCUGGAAAAUGACAAACCGAUGGCAUGCGCAGCGAUGGAGAGCGCUCCGGGUACGUUUUCAGCUGUUGUCACAGGUUCUGCUGCAUCUGUUCCUGAGCACAGUGCUCCAGCACCUGCCGGCACGCAGGAUGUUCUGCAAGGUGAAAAGAAAAAAGAAAAUGCCAACAGUCGUGAAAAUCAAGCUUGUUGCAAAGUUCCCCUCCCCAACAGACAUUUAGAACAAGCUCCUCCUAAAUCCUAUCUUUGCCAUUACGAACUGGCCGAGCCUAUACCGCAUGAGAAAGUAAAUGAGGUGACCAGUGAAUGGGUACAGUGUAGUCCUGGCAUAUUUAGCAGCCCACCACCCUUGCCAUUCAAAGAAGCACAUGUAAACAGUCAUACCUUUUUAACUACCGAGCAGUUAAUAGCCCCCUUCACCCUGCCCGAUCAGACAUUGAUAUUCCCUCCAGACAACCACGAAAAAUUCAAAGAUCUCCCAUCCGAGGCGUAUCAGCAGAUCAUGCCACAAAACAUGCUGGCCAACAAAGUGAAGUUCACCUUCCCUCCCCCGGCAAUCCAGGCUGCGACUUCCCCGCUGCAGCCCUUGCCCUUGCAGCCGCCGCUGUGUUCUACCUCUGUGACCACCAUCCACCACACCAUCCUACAGCAGCACGCCGCCGCUGCCGCCAGUGCGCUGAAGGUUCUCCAGCCCCACCAGCAGUUCCUCUCGCAGGUCCCGGCUCUUUCCAGAGCGCCUUUACCUCAUCUGCCAGUCGGACCGAGGCUUUGCCCGGGGGGCCACGCAGCUUUCGUCGCCCCGCCGCAUCUGCCGCUGCUGCCGCCCUCGGUCCUGCACCCGACCCCGCUGGCGUUCCCCCCGCUGCCGCACACCGUCUUCCCAUCCCUGCUGUCCCCGCACCCGGCUGUCAUUCCCCUGCAGCCCCUCUUUUAGGACGGGCUCUCGGGGACGGGGGAAGGAGCCUUCAGCUGAGCGGUCCUGCCGUUCCUGCAGUCCCCGCGGCUUUGCAGAACGGUUCUGUGAAAUAAACUGGUUAAAAUUCCUCGUUCCUUGGGAAGCAUUUACUGUAAGUAUAAUGAUGCAAACAUUCAUGUAAAGUUCAGACCUAUACUAUAACUAAAGCACUGAGUAGUCUGAUACUAAUAUGAACUCUCUCUAUAUAAGUGAAAAUCAUGUCUUAGAAUAUGUAUAAUGUAUAUAAAAGAUAUUUAUAGUUCUAUAACUUAUGUUGUAAAGUAUUCACUUUUUGUUUUUUAUCUUUGUGUAUUUGCACCUAUUUAAUGUUUAGACAAAGCUGAUGCACUAUGUUUUGUACUAUGUUCUCUGAAACUGUAAAUCUAGUGACAAACUAUCUCUUGCAAUAAAUUUUUGUUAACUACUUAAGUAUAUCAAAAAUCUUUCAUUAUAAGCCUCAUGGAUGUUGUUCUUCCAUGUUCUUCUGCAGCUGAAAAGCAUCGUCUACCCCUGCUGUGUUGGGAUAAUCAGGUUUCCUAUACGUCAGUGAUUUAUCAGGGAGGCUGAGAGGCUAAUACCUCGAGGGCAGCUGUCUUACCGAGCGAGAGAGAAAGGGUAAUAGAUCUGUUUGUGUUAGCGGUUUGAUGUCACUGUGACAAAUUUUGCCUACUUGUCGUAUGUGCACUAACUGCCGACUGUUGGAGCUAAUCCCUUUUGUACUAAACCACAACAAGACGAUGUAACAAAAAUAACGUCAACAUUAGAAGGGGACAAAAUGGAAAAUACCAACGGCAGUUUGCCUUCAAGGGAAUAUUGCUUAUAGCAGAAAGGUAGAGCACAGGGAAGGUCUGGGUUCCACCAAGCAUCCUUUCUCUGGUCACACAGAGCCCCUGGUGGGGGACAGACCUGUCAGAGCGAGGUCCUUGCUGCCUCUGCGGGCUGUGAAGGUAGCAGGAGUGUGUGAGCGUGAAGGGGAGGUCAGGAAUAGUUUCACGUGGGGAACCCACCAGGGUUUGAUACAAAUUCUUUCCUCACUUCACCCAACCCCCCCACCUCUUUCCUGCAGCGUUUUGGUAAAGAAAUAGAACAACAUAGAAUAGAGCUUAAUUUAAAUAAUAAUAUAUUGCCGUUAUUUCUAACUGUAUUUCAGAGACGUCUCCCUACCUCUGUAACCUUUUUAUUGCUGUCGAACCUCACCCGGCUUUAGCCAGUGAAACCUUCUCAUUUGCUUCAAUAUGAGAUGUAUCAGGCACCACACCUGCGAUGGCCCAGAAUAAAACCAGAAGUCAUUCUGAGAUAGAGCCAUCUCUUUGAGUUAAAAUGAAGUUUUAUCAUGUGAGUGAAGCUAAGGAUUUGCAGCAUGACCGUUAGUGCUAGAAGUAGGCCCUCUGUAAUAAAAGGUAGGUGCUAGAUCUCAAAUUAAUUACUUCUUUUCACCUUUUUAUAUAGUAUAAUAAAAUUAUAUACAGUUGAACUGAAAAAAGAGUAAUUUGGGAAUAUUAUUAAUAUACAUUGCAUAUUAAUAGCUACAGACUCUAACCAUCUGAAAAGUAAUGUUAUAUCCUAAAACAUAUAUAUAUGGAUAUUAUUUUCUGCAUCUAUAGUGUUAGAACUUUACCUGUAUCAAUAUUGCCAGUUUUAGUAUAAUAUUACAUUAAAACUAUAGCAGACAACAUCUUGCCGCUAUGAUUACAGUGUCAGCUACUCAAGGGAUGUGGGAUUUCCGUGUCAUGCAGUUUCAAAGGGCUAAACUAUGUUAGCAAGCAAAAAGUUGAUAAGAAAGAGCAGGUGAGGGGUCGAGUUCCGGAGAGCGGCUCGGAUCCCCCGCCUGAGGCUGUGGCGUGGAGCGGGAUGUUGCUGAGCAUCUAUCCCUGUAAUGCCAUAAAGAAGGUGUAUUUUCUCUAGUGGUAAUUUCAGGUGAAUUUGCCCGUUUCUAUUUAUCUGGUACCUGAAAAAUGCAGCAUAUAGGUGACUUUAUACUCCUCCUUUAUUUCAAGAGUAUGCCUACAUAAUCUGUGUGUCUCCACUACCUCCCGUAGUACGCGGGUGCCAAGCAGAGGAAUCUCCAUUUGAAGCUGGCAGGUGCGUGCUGGCUGCUCCCUCCUGCUCCCUCUUGCCUGAGCUGACUCACGCUGCCCUUGCACUUCUGCCCCCGCUGCGGCAGUCAGCACGGGUGGUCCCCUGGGUUCUGAUGUCCUAUCAAAGACAAAAUCCAUCUAAUUAUAUAGCAGUACACUUGAAAAAAAGAAACCACGUAGGACAAUUACGAUUACACGUUGCCAUAUCCAUGCAUUUCCGUCUGGCAGGAGAUUAAAAAUCACCAAUUUCAAAUUUUCAGUUGCAACGUUCAUUGAAAAGUCCCAUCUAUUAGCUUAGAAGUCCGCAUUUUUUCAACAAAAUGUUCCAACAGCUUUGAAUUUUACUUUUUUUCUUACAAUUCAAAUUAUUCUUUUUCCUAUUUUAAGUUGUUAAACAGUUCUGAGACAUUGCACAAUUAUAUAUUAUCUACUGUAAUUGCUUUUCAAUAGUGUAUAAACUACUUAAUAAAAGACUAAUAACCAUCAAAUGUAAUAACUUUCUAAUAUGGUAUUGCCUUUAGUGCUAGAACUGUUUGUAUAUGUGACUUCAUAU